CCCAUAUCAACUUUAGCCACCCAAUGAAAUACUAGCGACGCGCACAAGCAAUUGUCCCUUUAAUAAAAAAACAGUUCUGUCAUCUCUGAACUUUAUGUGUUUUGGAGUUUUUAGUACUGUUUUAAAGCGGAUAGAUGUCUGAAGAGGUUUCUAAAAGGGCAGAAGAGGAGGCUGACACACCAGAUCUCGAGGGUCAGUCUGACGACAGCAGUGACGAGGGUGACGCUUCAGGAGAUACUGAAAUGGAUUUCCUACGGAGUCUCUUCUCACGAACUCUUGGCCUGAGUUCUGGAGAGAAAGUCUUGGAUGAGCUCACCCUGGAUGGGGUCGCCCGCUAUAUCUUGAGUGGCAAAUGCAAGAAAAUUAUCUGUAUGGUUGGAGCUGGAAUAUCUACAUCUGCUGGAAUCCCAGAUUUCCGCUCUCCCGGCACUGGUCUAUAUGCCAAUUUGCAGAAGUACAAUCUGCCUUACCCAGAGGCCAUCUUUCAGAUCGACUAUUUCAAGAAACAUCCAGAGCCCUUUUUUGCUCUAGCUAGAGAACUCUACCCAGGACAGUUUAAGCCCACAGUGUGUCACUAUUUCAUGAAGAUGCUGAAGGACAAAGGUCUACUGGCUCGCUGUUACUCUCAGAAUAUCGAUACUUUAGAGAGAGUUGCAGGUCUGGAAGGAGAGGACCUGAUUGAAGCUCAUGGUACAUUUCACACCUCUCACUGUGUGAGCUUCCUCUGUCGUAAGGAAUACUCCAUGGACUGGAUGAAAACUAAAAUUUUUUCUGAAGAUAUUCCUAAGUGUGAUUCCUGUGGGAGCCUGGUAAAACCUGAUAUUGUGUUUUUUGGGGAGAAUCUACCUGCCCGAUUCUUCACUUCCAUGAAAAUAGACUUUCCUCAAUGUGACCUUCUCAUUAUAAUGGGCACAUCCCUGCAGGUUCAACCAUUUGCAUCACUAGUCAGUAGGGUGUCAAACAGCUGUCCUAGGCUGCUCAUCAAUAUGGAGAAAACCGGACAGUCAGAAUUUGGCAUGGGGUUAUUCGGUUUUGGAGGAGGAAUGGAUUUUGAUUCAGACAAAGCUUACAGAGAUGUGGCUCACCUGAGCACCUGUGAUGACGGCUGCAUGGCUCUUGCCGAACUCCUGGGCUGGAAAGCAGAGCUGGAAGAAAUGGUGAAGCGUGAACAUGCUUUAAUUGACAACAAAGAUGCCAAAAAGAAGGACAAGGAAGCAAAUCAGAGCUCCGGAGACACUGGGGCGGAGGCUGGAAAGAGUGACAAGACAGAAUAACCAAUCAGAGCAUGAAGAAGGUUUCCAUGGCAGCCCUAAUAGAUCCAUGUAAUUCACUCCAGUUCUCGAAGCCAAGACUGGCCUUUUCGAGUCUACUGUCGAUCACAUCUUACUGUUUCUCUGAGCUGCUGUGUCUCUCAUCUGCCUGUAAUAGCAAUAUAGAUGUAGAAAUAGUACAGAAACCUAA